AUGGCUACCCCUAGUGUCCUCGCUUUUGAUGCUGAGGGUCGGGCCAUUGACUUUGAUGUCUGGGUAGAUGACCUGCAGCUUUUUCUACAGUGCGAUAGGGCAGACGGUCUCUCCCUCUUUGACCUCACCUCUGGUGCCUCUCCUGCCCCUGCUGCUGAUGCUAAUGCCACUGUUUGCUCACAGUGGGCCACACCCGAUGCUGCAGCACGUCUUGCUGUGCGUCGCCACCUGCCUACCUCUGAGCGUGCGCACUUUAGCCAGUACAAGAGUGCUCAGACCUUGUACGACGCUGUAGUUGCACGCUACUCCUCCCCUGCCACUGCUGCACUGAGCCGCCUCAUGCUACCGUACCUCUUCCCUGACCUUGCUGCCUUUCCCACAGUCGCUGACCUCAUUACGCACCUCCGCACUAGUGACACUCGCUACCGCGCUGCGCUUCCUGCUGAAAUCUGCGCCAAGACCCCCCCCCCCAUGUACAUCACUCUCUACUACAUAGUCACCCACCUCCCUGACUCCCUUCGCGUAGUCAGGGACCAUUUCCUCUUAGUUUGCCCCACCACCCUCACCGUUGACCUCCUCGAGAAGGCCCUCCUAGCAGCGGAGAAGAGCAUAGUCGCUGUAGGAGCCUGUCGUGGUGACCCUCGCACCCCCAUCUUUGAGGGGUGUUCCCCCUCCCCCCUUUUGCCCUCUGUUGCCUUUGCUGCUGCUGCCGACCUCGUUGGGCUUGAGUCGGUCGGUGCGGCGUCUACCCCUAGCGGAAGACGCCGCCCUGGCAAGGGCAAGGGGGGCAGGGGCGCUGGAGGAGCUAGCUGGGGCGGUGGAGGCGGCAGUGGAGGCGGCGGAGGGAGUGGGGGUGGCGGUGGGGGUGGUGGCGGGGGUGGAGGUGUCGGUGGCGUCAGUGGAGGCGGAGGAGGCGGCGGUGGCGAUGGGAGCGGAGGUGGUGGCGGAGGUGGCGGCGGUGGAGGAGGCGGUGGCGGAGGAGGUGGAGCUGGUCGGGGUGGCGCUGCGCAGAGGGUCGGCUCCGGUGGAGGUCAGCGCCAGCAGCAGCAGCAGCGCACUCGUGACAUCCCCUCCCCUCAGCAGCUCCGUGAGUGGUACACUGCACGCCAGCGGGGUGGGGGUAGUGGUCCGUGCACCUACGUCCUACGCACCGGCGACCGCGCGGGUGAGCAGUGCGAGGGUGCGCACUCCACCCAGCGCUACUUUGGCCGCCUGACGGACGCUUGGCGUCACCAGUUCCCGGAGGCCACGGAGAUCCUCCGCUGGGGUGAGCUGUCUAGGGCGGGAGUAGCUGUCUUUGACCUUGACUUUGAUGCUAUUCUUGCUGCCAUGUAUGCUGUGACUAUUAGUGAUGAGGGUGACUGUUACCAGUGCUUUCCGCCCGACCCGGGCAUUGAGACUGCCGCUCUAGGGAGAUGA